AUGAGAUUCCUGAUAAUCUGCGCUCUCGUGGCUGUAGCCAUCGCCAACCCUGUCCAGAUUCAGCCAGACAAUGGUGUCGUUGUCGUCGGAAACGAAGAUUCCUAUGAACCAAUCAGCGUUGACCCAGUAAUCAUUGAUGAGGGUCUCAUCCAACCACCAAUGCCAAUCGUUCAAAUCAUCAUAAAGGUCAAUUCCAAAAGUCAAAUUGUUGAUGUAGCCAUUCCUACACCAGUUAUAGUUGCUGAUCAAGAAGAAGCUAACCCCGACUCAGUUAUACUGCCCCAACCCGUCCUACCAGUUCCUGUGCCCGAACCAGGAAUCAUUGGCGAACCAGUCUUGCCUCCCCAAAUCAUACCUGUUGUCCCAGCCCCUGAUAUAGAAUAC